AUGAACCCCAGACGAAGAGCUGGCGCUGCGGGCUCCCUGGACUCGACACCUCACAGCUCGAAGAGGCGAAAGGUAUCUGAUGGUCAUGCCACAGAGACAGAAACACCCCAAGCCACGACAGAGGUCGGAUUAAGGCUGCUAGCGCAUAUUAAACAGUCCACGGACAAGAAGUACAAGCUGAAUUAUUGCCAAACUUUCUGUAACAUUGUGACUGACCCCUCGUUGCAUCAGCGGACGACUCAUUGCGACCAAUUUUCUCCAUCUACCAGAUCGAAUUAUUAUAGAGCAAUCGCGCUCCCGAUAGCUAUAGAUACGGUUGAAAAUAAGUUGAACAACUAUGAGUAUCCUACUGUUACAGCUCUUGAGAGUGAUCUCAAACGCAUGGUCAGCAAUGCCAAAUUCUACAACGACAAGUCCUCACUCAUCUUCGCUGAUGCGGAGCGGAUCCGAAAAAUCCUUUCAAAUAACAUGCCGAAGAUCAACCCCGCCUACAAGAAUCCUAAAUACGUCGCAUUUCCCACCCCUCUUCCAAACAAACUACCAGAGAACCCCAGUCAUGAAGGAGUAGACAGGCGCGAUCAUCAAGAUAUGGAGGGAGAGACCGUUCUAUCAGCGCCACGAGAUUCACAUUCAACGCCUCCGGCGGAAAAUAAUGUCCAGCCAGAAAGCAGUUUCGAAGGCGAUAGUCUCCAGGAGGCCCAAGACAGGAUAAUAACAGAAUUACUUCACCUGAAAGAUUCGCAGGGAAGAUAUGUAGCAACUCCGUUCAUCAACAAACCGGAUCGUAACUUGUAUAAGGAGUACUACGACAUCAUCAAGCACCCAGUCUCCUUGCGGAGCAUUCAGAAACAAGUCCGUGGGAUGGAUGGGAGGAAACCAUUUUCCAAAACAACUGCUUUUCCGACCUGGCAGUCGUUUGAGGACGAAGUUGAGUUUGUUUGGCGCAAUGCGCGAGAGUUUAACGAAGAUGAUAGCGAAAUAGUUGUUUUCGCUGGUGUACUAGAGGCAAGUGAUUGUAAAAAUCAGACAAAUAGAGACGGUGCAGUUCCACGUAUUAGACUGAAGAUGGGUGCUAGUAAAACUCCUGAGUCAUCCUCCCAGAGAUUGACACUAAGACUGCCUGGCCAAAGACCAAGCGCGGCUUUAAUUGAAGACAGCCCGCAGCCGGGAGUAUCUGUUGAUAACGAAGCUUUGAAAAGAGAGCAAGAACUCGUCAGGGCAGGCUCGAAUGGGCAAGAAGAUCAUACUCGCACAACACCUCCAGUUACGAGAAGUCUGCGAAAGUCGGCGGCAAGUCCGAUAUCGAAUUCUGAGAAGGGGGCGGCGUCGAUUCAACGGGGUGUCUCUGCCUCGUCAUCUUCUCGGUCCACUGUUGCAACCUUUGAUAAUGAAACUCAAGCUUUGCCCUCCGCUAGCUUGGGUCUUGUUUCCUCUCGCGAGUCUAGCCAUGAGUCUGUCAACCCUGCUUCUACAUCUCCUAACCGAACUCCCGUGUCAUCCGCAAUGGGAACCGCUAUACCACCUCCUGCGAUUGACAUUUCAGGUGAUCAAAGUACUAGCCCGUGGCUACCAUCCAAUCCGGCAGGUCAAGUUGUGGAUGCUCAUUCAGUGCUGCACAUUUCGCCUCUGGAUUCUAUUGUGAGGCCACCUGGUCAAGAUGCCACCCACGCUCUGAUUUCUAAUGUGACCGUGUGUACACGUCCGAACUUGGACCUUCGAAGUAGAUUUUGUCUAAGUAUACCAGCCUCUCCUACAAAUCGUCAGGAGUCUUUGGUUAUAAACCUUCCUGCGUCUCACAAUUUUGUCUCCCUCCGCCUCCAAGUUGCCGCAAGCACACCUCAGAGACAAACAAAGCUUGUGGCUCUUAUCGGUACGCAUAAUAUCCAUGUCGCCCCGCAGCCCAAUUCCAGCGCGACAGAACCGGUAUACGACGUACGACUCACACCUGGUGUAACCAAGGUGGACUUUCAAAUGGUCGCUGUUCAUUCUCGCAACUCCUCAAAUUUUGGACCUUUCGAGGUGGAGAAGGAAUAUGAGCGUCUUACGCUCUUUUUCAAUCUCUUACGGUAG